AGAUUAUCAUAUAAUGUAGUGUAUGGCGACCAUUCCAAGCCACGGAGAUCUCUUAUAGGUUAUAACUUUGUUUAGAAAAGGCAAUAUACGUAACUGGUGGCCAAAAUGACAGAAAGGAAAUACAGUUUUGAAACGGGAGAGAAGAAUUCGUUCAGUAUUGUAGACUAUGUUAUAUUUGCUGCCACCUUACUCAUUUCGGCAGCCAUUGGAAUUUAUUAUGCAGUAAAAGACAGAAAAAAGCAAAAUGUGAAAGAAUUUUUAUUGGCAGGUGGCAAGAUGCCUAUACUUCCAGUCGCACUGUCACUUUUAGCUACUUUCAUGUCAGCUAUAACAUUAUUAGGAACACCAGCUGAGAUGUAUAACUAUACCACCAUGUAUUUGUGGAUUGGAAUAGGCUAUGUUAUAACUAUGGCCUGUACUGCCCAUAUCUUUAUACCAGUAUUCUAUAGACUCAAGAUUACCAGUUGUUAUGAGUAUCUGGAACUUCGAUUCAACAAAUUAGUCCGGACUAUAAGCACAGUUAUAUAUGUUAUUCAUAUGACUAUCUAUAUGGGAAUAGUUUUAUAUGGCCCUUCUUUAGCCGUAAAUGCAGUGACAGGGUUAUCAUUAUGGGGAGCAAUAUGUGCUGUUGGAUCUGUUUGUAUUUUGUACACGACGCUGGGUGGUAUGAAAGCAGUUUUAUGGACCGACACAUUCCAAAUUAUUAUGAUGGGUAUUGGUUUAUUAGCAGCAUUGAUACAAGGUUCUAUAGAAAUUGGUGGAUUCGGUCGUGCCUGGGAGAUUGCUGAUAAAAAUCAAAGAGUGGUGUAUGACGACUUCAACGUCCUUCCUACAGUUAGACACACAUUUUGGUCACUAGUUAUUGGUGGAUCUUUCUUGUGGACGUCCAUUUAUGCUGCAAAUCAAGCUCAGAUUCAAAGAGCUGUAUCUUGUUCAUCUCUGCGCCGAGCUCAAAUAGCAAUAUGGUUGAAUGCCCCUGGUCUGGUGAUUAUUUUGUUCUUAUGUUCAUUGAUUGGUAUUGUGAUGUAUGCAUUUUAUAGUACAUGUGAUCCUUUAAAAUUUGGACUAAUAUCUGCAUCAGAUCAGUUAUUCCCUUUAUUUGUGAUGGAUAUUUUGGGACAUAUUCCUGGUAUUCCUGGUCUAUUUAUAGCCUGCAUAUUUUCUGGAACUCUAAGUUCCAUAUCAUCUGGUUUAAAUGCGCUAGCCGCAGUGGUAUUAGAGGAUAUAAUUAAACCGUAUUGUUUAAAAGAUCUACGGGAAAGUCGUGCUACUCUUAUAUCUAGAAUCAUAGCAUUUGUAUUUGGUUUGGUUUGCCUUGGUUUAACUUGGGUUGCUUCACAAAUGGGAAGCAUAUUGCAGGCUACACAUACAUUAUUUUCAAUAUUGGGUGCCCCAGCUCUGGGUUUGUUUACUUUAGGAAUGCUAUUCCCGUGGGCAAAUGCAAAGGGUGCUUUAGCUGGUCUCCUCACGAGUGUUGUGCUUUUAUUAUGGAUUGGAUUCGGGUCAUUUAUAGCCGGUAUACCACCAAUAAAAUCUCCAGUUAGUAUUUCUGGCUGUAACUGGACUCUAUUAGAUGAUGGUGUUAUGGGCUUCAAUAAUAUAACAUUCAACCCAACAGGAAACACAACAAAUAUAACUAUUCCUUCCGACAUAGAUUAUUCAUCACCAUUAACUCAUAUAUAUCAAAUAUCCUAUUUAUGGUAUAGUGUCUUAGCUGUAGUGAUAGUUUUACUAGUUGGUCUACCAGUCAGUUUUAUAACAGGUGCUCAGAAUCCAUCCGAAUUAGACCCAAAAUUAAUUUGUCCAAUAUUUGAUAUUGUGUUACCAUGUUUACCAUAUAAAAUACGUCAUUUUCUUUAUUUUGGUGUCAAACACCCAGAGAGAAAGAUGAAAGAAGCUUCAGAACUUGCCAAGAAAGAUGAGAACCAAGAAUCAAAUAACGAUAUUUUACUAUCAGAUUUAUCGAAAGAGAUCAAAAUGUCACCUUCAUUUUCAAAUAAUGAUCAUCAAAAAAACUCAUAGCUGUUUUAAUAUAUUUAUGAAUAAAAAUAUUUUUU